AAUGGGGUAAACCUUAUUCUGAGUUAAGCGACAAAUCUCAAUGUCACACAUGGUUUACAGAUGGAUCUGCACGUUAUGUUGCGGGAAGAAGAAAGUGGAGAUCAGUUGCGUUUAAUCCCCGCAUGUCUAAGACAUUAGAAAUAGAAGGGGAAGGAAAGAGUAGCCAAUAUGCCGAAUUAUUUGCAGUAUAUUUGGCCCUUAGACAGGAAAUUGGAGGUGAAUGUAAUAUUUAUACUGAUUCAUGGUCAGUAGCCAAUGGAUUAGCCACAUGGAUGAUGAGCUGGAAGAAACAUGAUUGGAAAAUUCAUGGGAAAGGGUUAUGGGGAAAGGAAGUCUGGGAGGACAUUGAAGUUAUCACUAAACAAACAAAAGUAACUGUAUUCCAUGUUGAUGCACAUGUACCAUUAGACUCACUUGAACGUUUGUUUAAUUCACAAGCAGAUGCACAAGCCGCCAUUGCUAAGUCAUCUCAGGAGCCAGUGGCAGGAGAGACGAAGGAAUUGGAAUCAUGGUUGCAGGGUACAGCCCUUUGGGCACACCAAAAGAGUGGACAUCUGGGAGAAAAGGCAACUUACAGAUUGUCGUGAGGCUCAGUCUUGGAAUCCUUGGAAUUGUAUUAUUGGUCGUCCCCUCUAGUACAUGGACACCUGGAUUGAAGAUAGAGAAACGAGAGUUGCAUACUGUACGGUGGGGAUGGAACAAUGCCACCAUACCAAGAACCCAAGAUAAUUUCACUUGUCGGGCCAAUCAGCGCUGUACUAAUAUAGUAAAUAUAACAAUUCCAGGAACGAUGUGGGCUGGAUCGCCUGAUCCACAAAGAAACAGAUAUCGACCUACAUUUGCCUUACAUCAGUCAGAAGGCAAUAUCACAAUUAAUGCUGCAGUAAAUAUAAGUUGCUGCUCCAAACCUUAUAGGUUCCGAUUUCUCCCUAAAGAAGAGAAGAAUAAAGAAUAUAAGAAUUGUUCUAAACAAGGAGCAACCACAUUUCGGUUAGCUGUAAAAGACAUUUUAAUUUUGGUAUGUCAUAAUGCUACUGAAAUAAAAAAUCGAACGUGGUGGGCACAAGAUUUAAUGUUUAUUGAUAUCAAUGCAUCACGAAUCGAUAUUGGACAUGUUAAAAGAUUACCAUCUACAUGUGAAAAUGUAGGUACACAAGCUCAAAAGACUGUGUUAGUCACACAAGUUGUUUUCCCUCCCAAUAAUAGACAAUGUAUAUCCCGGCAACGACGUGCCUGGUAUGAUACAUUGUUGGGAGGAUAUGGGACUCUAACAGGAGUAUUAAAUGGGAUAGAUAUUGAAACAUUAGCCAAUAGGAUGCAUAGCGCCGGUAGUAAAUUAAAUGACGGACUUACAUUACAAGCAAAAUGGAUGCCUACUAUUUUUGAGCCAGCCAAAAUAUCGGCUGGAAUAGAUACUUUAAUGAACCAGCUAAUUAAUGCUAGUAAUGAUUUUGCUGUUGGAUUUGAUACCAACAUUACUAAAUUUAUAAAUUGGACCGUCUGUACACUACAGACUAUGUAUGAGCAACAACAAAAAGGCGUUAUGCAAACUAUGCUAAUGACCGGAAAUGAACAAGUAUGGAGAACAAUUUUUAAUACAAGUGUGUCCAGGGACGCUUGGAUACACUUGGAAGCUGCUAAAAUGAUUUGUAAUGACACCAUAUGCCAAGGUAUUUUAACUAUGUAUAAUGUAACCAAAGUUAUUCAAAUGUGUAAAUAUAUUGUAAUGCCUUUGUUGUUAGGACCAUCUGGUGGAGAAUGGUACUGGUUCCCCACUAUGAAAGGAGAAUAUAUAGAUGAGAAUAAUAGAACUCAUGAUUUGAGUAUUUGUACACCCACUUUACAAGGCAAGAUAUGUAGAGUACAAUCUGCAGUUUAUGAACCUUGCUUAUUAGAGAAUGGAGUAAAUUUAUGUAAAUGGGUAGUUUUACCUUUGUCAUAUACAAUGAUGAUGGAGGUAGCCCCACAAGAAGUAUGUUUGGUAACUGAUACACCAGCCAUACCUGGAAUGGUAGUUCCAUUUUCCGGAUGUAUUAGUAAUGUUAGUUCCUUAACCUGGGAAAAUUAGACAUUUAUAUUGUAUGCUGACCGUGAAGAACAUGUUACAAAAUAUUGGAGUCCACAAAAUUUAAGUAUUCCCCAAUGGGAUUUGAAGUUAGAUAAACUACAUACAAUUAUGAAACAAUCCAAAGUUAUUGAAGAUCAUAUCAAAUAUCUAAAUCAAUCUAUUGUAACUCAUCAAGUGACAACAACAAUAAUUGCUGAUCAAUUACAGAAAAUUGGUUCUGAUGUCCAGGAUGCAACUUCUCAUCAUUGGUGGGACUUGUUUACUGGAUAUUCUCCGUCUGCAU